AUGCGACUAGAAGCGUUCAGCGACGCCGACUUUGCCGCCGACAAGACGGACCGGAAGUCAAUGACGGGCGGCAUCGUGAUCCUGAACGGGAUGACCGUCAGCUGGGGUGCGCGGAAGCAGGGAGGCCUCUCCCUGUCGACGAUGGAGGCGGAAUUUGUCGCGGCGAGUGAAGUCGCGCGCGAGCUGCUCGGCCUGCGCGAGAUGAUGUGCGAAGUGGGCGUGGAACCCGCGCUUCCGAUGCAGUUGCGGGUGGACAACCAAGCGGCGAUCGCGCAGAUCGCGGGAGAGGCAUCGUCGCUGAAGGCAAAACAUGUGGAUGUAUCGGAGCAGAUGCUCGCAGACCUCCUCACGAAGGCGUUGGAUGUGACGAAGCUCUCGACACUGCGCGCACUCGUGCGCACUGGUUAA